CGCGCCCGGCGGGACAGCGGGACGGACGCCGCCCGCCCGCUCGCCGGGCCGGGCCGGGCCGCCAUGUUGAGGUGGCGGUGACUGGAGGCGGCGCUCCGAUCCAGGGUCUCCAUUGAUGAGUUACUGCGGCGGGAAGAGAGCCGCGGCCUGGCCACAAUGAUCCACAGUCUGUUUCUCAUCAACUGCAGCGGGGACAUCUUCCUGGAGAAGCACUGGAAGAGCGUGGUGAGCCGCUCUGUCUGCGACUACUUCUUGGAGGCGCAGGACAAGGCCGGGCAGCCGGAGAACGUGGCGCCGGUGCUCGCCACCCCGCACCACUACCUGGUCAGCACUCACCGCAACGGCAUCUUCUUCGUCGCCGUCAUCCAGUCCGAGGUGCCCCCGCUGUUUGUCAUUGAGUUCCUACACCGAGUGGCAGAAACCCUGCAGGACUAUUUUGGAGAAUGCUCAGAGACAUCAAUUAAAGAUAAUGUUGUGAUUGUGUACGAGCUCCUGGAAGAGAUGUUGGACAAUGGGUUCCCAUUAGCUACUGAAUCCAAUAUUUUAAAAGAACUGAUUAAACCACCUACUAUUCUUCGUUCAGUUGUUAAUUCUAUAACAGGGAGCAGCAAUGUAGGAGAUCAGCUUCCAACUGGUCAACUGUCUAACAUCCCUUGGCGGAGAGCAGGAGUCAAGUACACAAAUAAUGAAGCUUACUUUGAUGUUACUGAAGAAAUUGAUGCCAUCAUAGAUAAAUCAGGAUCAACUGUCUUUGCUGAAAUCCAGGGUGUUAUUGAUGCCUGCAUUAAAUUAACUGGAAUGCCAGACCUCACUCUUACCUUCAUGAAUCCAAGGCUGCUGGAUGAUGUCAGCUUCCAUCCGUGUGUUCGUUUCAAACGAUGGGAAUCUGAGCGAGUUCUGUCAUUUAUUCCUCCAGAUGGAAAUUUUCGUUUAAUGUCUUACCAUGUCAGCUCACAAAACUUGGUGGCAAUACCAGUUUAUGUAAAGCAUAAUAUCAGCUUCAGAGACAAUGGAUCGACAGGACGGUUUGAUAUAACAAUUGGGCCAAAACAGACUAUGGGAAAAAUGGUGGAGAGUGUUCUGGUGAUUGUUCAUAUGCCCAAAGGAGUGCUCAAUAUGAAUCUUACAGCAGCACAGGGCAAUUACACAUUUGAUCCAGUCACCAAGGUGUUAAUUUGGGACAUAGGAAAAAUCACCUUGCCAAAGUUACCAACUCUUAAAGGAUUGAUUAACCUACAGUCUGGGGCACCAAAACCCGAAGAAAAUCCAACACUCAAUGUUCAGUUUCGGAUCCAGCAACUUGCUGUAUCAGGUUUGAAAGUGAAUCGUCUGGACAUGUAUGGAGAAAGAUACAAACCAUUUAAAGGUGUGAAAUAUGUCACCAAAGCAGGAAAAUUUCAGGUCAGGACAUGAGGGAAGAAAAAAUAAAAAUUGCACAAUACCAGGUAUUCAACAAAGAACAUCAGUUAUUUUUGAAAAUCUACACUAUUUUUGAAUCAGACAAUUCCAAGAUGCCCAAAGUACUCCGAUGAUAAAGUGAAAGGAAAUGAUUCCAUUACAUUUAUUAACUGCCUUAAUUACAACAUAAUGUUAACUGAAAUAUGAAACUAGUUUAUUUGUAGGUAUUUGAUUGCAAUGUUUUCUGAAGGGCCUUCACUAUCUCUUCAUUAAGUAGAACGUACAUUUAAGUAUUCUACUUGUUCUCUUAAACAAUGCAGAUGUUCAGUCUUAUCAUCAACUUCUGAUAUUUGGUUGUCUCUCUAUCUGACAAAUACAAAGUGAAUAUACCAAUCAUAUUGUAAAAGAUGUCUGAACUUAACGUACCCAGUUGCAAUACAAGUGAUUGCAAUGUUUAUAAAUAACUUUUUAAGUACAUCUUUUGGUGACAAUUUGUGACUGUAUGAUUUAAUUGUCUCAAUAAAGUUACAUUUCCAUUUCCUUCCCACUUUUUGCACUAAAAAUGGGAAAACAA